GGUAAGAUUACGAAAAACUGUGGACUUUUUACUUUAUUUAAAUCCUCUGCUUCGUUUUUACGUGGAUUGGUUUCUGGGUUCUUGUUUCUCUCAGUAUUUUUGCUCUCCUUCAUCAUUUCCCCAAUCGAGCUUUUGGUGAUUAGAGAUUGAACUCAAUUUUCAUGCUAUAGUAUACGUCACUACGUUGUCGUGUUAGUUUAGAUAGGCAGAUAAUGGGGUCCGAAGGGCCACCAGCAGUGACUAUCCAUGUGACAGGGUUUAAGAAGUUUCAUGGAGUUUCUGAGAACCCAACUGAGACAAUUGUUAGUAAUUUGAAAGAAUAUAUGAAGAAGAAGGGUAUGCCGAAAGGCUGUAUUCUCGGUAGUUGCAAUAUUCUUGAGACUGCAGGACAGGGAGCGCUUGCUGCGCUAUAUCAGACAUUGCAGUCUGCCAUAAGUGAGAAGGAUUCUGACUCACCAAAUUCCAGAAGAAUUGUCUGGCUUCACUUUGGAGUCAACAGUGGUGCAACAAGAUUCGCAAUUGAGCAACAAGCUUUUAAUGAAGCUACUUUCCGAUGUCCUGAUGAGCUGGGAUGGAAACCUCAGAAAGUACCCAUUGUUCCCACAGACGGUGAAAUAACACGAGUACGAGAGACUACUUUACCUGUUGAGGAGAUGACAAAGACCUUGGCGAAGAAGGGUUAUGAGGUGCUUACUUCCAAUGAUGCAGGCCGAUUUGUAUGCAAUUAUGUUUACUAUCAUUCCCUUCGGUUUGCAGAGCAGAAUGGGACGAAAUCACUCUUUGUUCAUGUGCCUCUCUUCUUAACCAUCGACGAGGAGACCCAAAUGCAGUUCGCAGCUUCCUUGUUGGAGGUACUUGCUUCUCUGUAUUAGUGAAACUUAUUGUCAUCCACCCACAUCUCAAUGUCCAGGAACUCAUAUGCUUUGUGUAUUGUAACUGGCCAUGUGUUUAAAGGUGGAUCGACGAGUAUUACUGAAAAUGCUUUAAUAAACAGAGAUCAGUGGUUUGUGAAUGAAAUGAAAUGUACUUGUGGCACUUGCCUCUUCUUUGAUGUUUUUUUCGAAGGUUUCGACUACGAUCUUGAAAAUUGUUCUUGUUCAUAUCCAAAUAAAUUUAAAGUUUGCUUGCAUUCGUCGA